GCGGUGCCGCAGGGCCUCCGCCAUCGCCAUGAUUAGUGAACGUUGGAGCAUUCGUAAGUUCAAAGUUCGAAAACAGGAGCGUUCUUUCUCGGGAGCGCCUUCGGAUUCGAAGUCGAUUCAAAUACCUUCUGUGUUCGAUUUUAACGGCUGGCUCUAAACUCGAGUUAGUGCCGGGUGCAGUUCUAUGCCCUAGCCUCAGACUGAUUCCUCUUCAGUUCGGUGCUUGCUCGAUCUCCCGAUUGCAUCCUCUUCGCUGUCACCCCGCCAUUCGUUCGUUCGGUCGAUGGGCUCGAUGCGCAUCCGAGAUCCGACUGAAAUUGGGCAUCGUGCUUACUCGUUUCCCCUGUCAGCUACAUUUUAACUCAAGGCUCAAGAAGGAAGGAAGAAAGAAAGAAAGGCGAAAAAAGAAAGGAAGAAAAACGGAAGGAAGAAAGGAAGGAUGAAGUUUUGGUCGUCAUGAUGAAAGCAUCGACUGAGCAGAGCAUCCUGGAAGUGGAAUGAAAUUCUCGAUUUGCAAGAUUGAACACAGGUGUUGAUUGUUGUGGUUUUGCUCGCUCGGAGUUGGGGACGAUGUUGUUUUCUCCGAUCGAGGAAGGGGAUGAUUCCCCCACGUCUACGAUAUCUUCGGAUAGCAAUCCUACGCCUCCGGACCCCGAUGACUUGGCAGACGAUGAAAAUGCGGAGAAGCCGAUCGAACAUGUCACUCUGAACUUGGAGGUCGGUCCAGAUGGUGACAAGUGCACAGUCGAAUUUUCCAUCCAGGAAGGACAGGUACCCCAACCCAGGCAGCAUGAUCAAAGUCUACAUGAUGUCGUCGAUGCUCUUCGAUUGUCGACCCUAUAGGCGUAUGAAGAAUCAGAUGGAGACCUUGCAAUUACCAUCGCCAUCAGGGAGGCUGAAGAAACGCUGGAAGCUCUGAAAAUGGACAAUGCAGAGCUCCAUUCCCGAGUUCUCAGUGCUCUUGGAAGAAGACGAUCGAUUGUGGAUGCAGAUAUGUUGGAAGGACAGGACUUCUUCUAUCAACAGGUGAAUUUUCACUCUGAAGACAAAACAGAAGCCGGACAUUCCUCUUGUAAAUCGCCCGACAGACCAACACUCCGAUCCUAGAACAUCAUUUGUUGCUGCCACAUACCAUGAUGACAGCACAUAUGAUGUUCUACAAGCAAGUCCCUGGGUAUUCCUGGACCUAUGUUUCGCCGUAGAUGCUGCCGUUCGGCACUUGCACCAAGAGACAAGCUAGGUGUGGAGUUCUCGGAGAGUAAAUGAGGAGGUCCUUUUAGAAGCUUCUCGAUUAUUCUCUGCGUAUUUCAAGGAUCUUGCUUUUGAGACGUGUGUCUGGACUUUGUGUUUCAUUCGUUGCGUGCAUUCGAUCGAAGUGUGUUGUUUGCAAUUCUUGACAGGAAGGAAAGUUGAUUCCUUCCGUUGUUGUAGGGCUUGACGGUCAAGGAUUAAGUCGUUGGCCGUACAUGUUUUGUUGGCUACACUGUUGGCUGUAUAUCGUCAUCUUCCGGUUGUUGUUUGUCCAUCUCUGUAAGCAUCCGCAAUAUGAGGUGUAUGAUUUCCAUUUUGGGCUUCAGAAUUUGGCAAAAUGGUUGCUGCUAAAGGAGGAGCUGAAGCAGAUCAGGCAACACUAUCGUGAUGAGAUUGACAGACAACACGAUCUGUUGCAAAAGACGCAAAUAGAAGCUCGUGAGGCUCAAGAAAAUUUCUUGUCGGACCUGUUGAAGGUGGCUCGGGAGGCGCAACAUAGUGUCUCAGGGCAAAUCCUGUCUGAAGUUGUACUGAAUCAGUUACAAGAAAGAAAUAAGCAUGCAACGUUGGAGAUGGAGAAGUGUCGCAUCGUGCAACGUCAGCUGCUGGCACAUCUGCAUAAACUGGAACAAGCCAGGAAAAAGAAAGAUCAGCUGCCUGAAGGUCUCCACCUCGUUGAUUAUGAACAGUUGAAAAUGGAGAAUGAAUCUUUGGCAGAGAAGAUUCACGCGAAAAACGAGGAGAGAGUCAUUAUGCGAAAGAAGAGAACAUCCACGGUUCACGCAUUGUCGCAUGUUCGAGAAAAACUCCAGUUCGUAGAGAAAGAUACCAAGAUCGUUUCCGAUAGAUUGGAUGAGGUGGAGAAAGGUCUGCACCAAGGACGAAUUGACCUGCAUAAUCUGAAGUCCCGAUGCGAACACAUUUCGCAGAAGAAGUCCCGUCUGCAGAAAAGCAUGGUGAAUAUUUCGGACCCACUUCUGCUGGACGACCUGGAGAAUCUGAAAGACGACGCAGAGGCAACGGAGGAGAUAAUACUUGACCUCCGCCAACGUUACGACGCUAUUCACAAAGAUUUGAAAACUAAGACCAAGUACGUGAAUUCAAAGAAAAAGGCACAGCUGAAGACAUCAGCAGCAGCUGCAGCAGAGGCGGACGGCGAUACAGACUCGACGGUCACUAACAAGCACAAACUACGAUGGGGAGAAGAGCGUUCGGUUGGACGAAAAUUGCGAUAAACACUGCACCAACUUUUCUCAGCAAUUUGGGAGAACUUUGACCUACAUUGAACAAGAGCAACAGCUGUCGUUAGAGCCCCUGAUCAUCGGGCAUGUACCUUGUUCAUCGCCCAGCAGCUUUCCUGAGGAUAGAGUAUGUAUUUGUAUAGAGCGUCUUCGAUGUAUAUAUAACUUAGAUCCAUUCUUUCUAUGUAUUGAGUUUACCAUCCUCCUAGCAACUCAAUACAGGUCGAACGGAAUUAAGUCAUAUAUCUGGAAAGAAGGAAAAAAAGGGGAAAGAAAACUGGGUAGUGAAGGAUCUUGGAAGAAUGCAGUGCCAUAAUGUGAUACAUGCAAACAACUUUGGGAUUGUGUUGCGUCUUCGAGAAAGCCUUGAGUGCAGUUCUGAGUGCACGGGAUGCAGAGAUGUGAAUGAGUACAAUAGCAAUUCGUAAUGAAGAUGUUUCCACAGUGACUGUGUCUUCGGUACUGAUUUCCAGCUUCGCCUUGUACGGAAGCAUGGAGAGGUUCUUAACUUGUCACCCUGAGCUGGAGCCG